AUGAGUGAACAGUACGACGUUGUUGUCAUUGGUGCCGGUCCUGGAGGAUAUGCUGCAGCAAUCCGUUGCGCCCAACUGGGAUUAUCAACCGCAUGUAUCGAAAAAGACAAAGGCAAAGAUGGUGAACCCACUCUGGGUGGGACCUGCCUGAAUUGGGGCUGUAUCCCGUCCAAAGCCUUGUUAGACACUUCACACAAGUAUAUUGAGGCGAAAGAGCACUUCGCUGACAUCGGCAUUACCACCAGUAAUGUCGAAGUGGAUGUGCCCAAAAUGAUCGCGCGCAAAGACGAAGUCGUGAAAGGCCUGACCGGCGGUAUCGCCGGCCUGUUCAAAGGUAAUGGGGUCACCGCACUUUAUGGCACAGGCAAACUCCUGGCCAACAAACAGGUUGCUUUUACCGACCACGACGGCAAUGAAUCCAUGCUGCAGGCUGAACAUGUCAUUCUUGCACCAGGAUCUGUACCCGUCUCAAUCAAACCCGCACCGCUUACAGAAGACUUUAUUGUCGACUCUACCGGCGCACUGGAAUUCACCGAGGUACCUAAGCGUCUGGGUGUCAUUGGUGCUGGUGUCAUCGGCCUGGAACUCGGCAGCGUAUGGCAGCGUCUGGGCGCUGAAGUUGUGAUCCUGGAAGCACUGGAAGAAUUCCUGCCCAUGGCAGAUGAGCGCAUCGCACGAGAUGCUAAAAAGAUUCUCACCAAUCAGGGUUUAGACAUUCGCCUGGGCACACGAGUGAUUGGCGCCGAAGUUAAAGAUGGUGCGGUUGAAGUGAGUUAUCAGGACAGUGAAGGCGAUCAGUCGCUACAGGUCGAUAAACUUAUCGUUGCUGUUGGUCGACGGCCGUUUACUGAAGACCUGCUGUCGCCCGACUGUGGCGUCAAUCUGGACGAACGUGGUUUCCUCUACGUUAAUGAUCUCUGCCAGACUGAUGCGCCAAAUGUCUAUGCAGUGGGAGAUGUUGUCCGUGGCCCGAUGUUGGCCCACAAAGGUACCGCAGAAGGUGUGAUGGUGGCUGAACGCAUCGCCGGAUUUAAGCCCCUGGUAAACUACGAUACAAUUCCCAGUGUUAUUUAUACACAUCCCGAAAUUGCCUGGGUGGGCAAAACAGAGCAACAGCUCAAAGCUGACGGUGACAACUAUAAAGUGGGCAGCUUUCCAUUUGCUGCCAGCGGUCGAGCUCUGGCUGCUAAUGAUACCCAGGGAAGCGUUAAGGUGAUUGCCGACGCGGACAGUGACCGUAUCCUCGGUGUCCAUAUUCUGGGACCGCAAGCCUCAGAAUUAGUAGCCCAGGCGGUCAUCGCGAUGGAGUUCGACGCCAGCGCAGAAGAUUUAGGUCUGAUCAUGUUUGCUCACCCGACAUUAUCCGAAUCGGUGCAUGAAGCCGCCCUGGGUGUUGCCGGGCAUGCCAAGGGGCUAUUUGCCGAAUACGGCUUACCCGUCUCAGAAGGCUACGCAGUAGAUACUGCAGAGGAAGCUGUUGAAGCAGCCAAAAAAAUUGGCGGUGACCGCUGGGUUGUCAAAGUGCAGGUCCAUGCUGGCGGCCGAGGCAAGGCCGGCGGCGUUAAACUGGCCGACUCUUAUGACGAAAUCAGAGCCUUUGCAGAGCAGUGGAUCGGCAAAAACCUGGUCACCUUUCAAACAGAUGAAAAUGGUCAGCCCGUCAGCAAAAUCUAUGUAGAAAGCUGCACUGACAUUGACCAGGAGUUGUAUCUGGGUGCAGUUGUGGACCGUGGCAGCCGCCGGGUAAUCUUUAUGGCUUCAACAGAAGGCGGUGUCGAAAUUGAAACCGUCGCCGAAGAAACGCCUGAGAAAAUCCUCCGUGCAGUCAUCGACCCCUUUGUGGGUGCCCAGCCUUAUCAGGGUCGGGAACUGGCAUUUGCGCUCGGCCUGGAAGGUGCCCAGGUGCGUCAGUUUACUAACCUGUUUAUGGGGCUGGCUAAGCUGUUCGAAGAAUCCGAUUGUGCGCUGCUGGAGAUCAACCCUCUUGUCGUGACCAGCGAAGGCAAUAUUCACUGCCUGGACGCGAAAGUCACCAUCGACGGUAACGCGCUGUACCGACAGCCGAAACUCGCUGCGAUGAAUGAUCCGAGUCAGGAAGAUGAACGCGAAGCUCAGGCAGCCGCGUUUAACCUUAACUACGUCGCGUUAGACGGCACCAUCGGUUGUAUGGUGAAUGGCGCCGGGCUUGCGAUGGGCACGAUGGACCUGGUGAAGCUGCAUGGCGGUAACCCGGCAAACUUCCUUGAUGUAGGCGGCGGCGCGACUAAAGAAGCGGUUGCCGAGGCAUUUAAGAUUAUCCUGUCUGACGAAGCUGUUACGGCGGUGCUGAUCAAUAUCUUUGGCGGCAUUGUCAGCUGUGCAACUAUUGCCGAAGGCAUUAUCGGUGCAGUUGAAGAAGUUGGUGUCAAUGUACCCGUGGUUGUUCGAUUUGAAGGCAAUAAUUCUGAGCUCGGUAGAAAAACGCUGGCCGACAGUACCCUGCACAGCGAACAGGCGCUUGCCUAUGGCACGCAACUGGUAGGCGGUGUUACACCCGGGAAAGGUGGUACAACCCAUCUCGGUCUGCCGGUUUUUAACACCGUGGCUGACGCGGUUGCCGCCACCGGCGCUACCGCAUCCGUGAUCUAUGUACCUGCGAGCUUCUGUAAAGAUUCAAUCCUGGAAGCUCUGAAUGCGGGCAUCAAACUCAUCGUGUGUAUCACCGAAGGCAUUCCAACCCUGGAUAUGCUGGCUGUCAAAGCACGCCUGGAUAUCAGUGACGCACGUAUGAUCGGACCAAACUGUCCUGGUGUGAUUACACCUGGAGAAUGCAAAAUUGGCAUCAUGCCAGGUGAUAUUCAUCUGCCGGGUAAAGUGGGCAUCGUGUCGCGCUCAGGCACCUUGACUUACGAAGCCGUCAAGCAGACUACGGAUCGUGGCUUUGGCCAGAGCACCUGUGUCGGUAUUGGUGGCGAUCCUAUUCCUGGCAGCCACUUCAUCGACAUUCUGACAAUGUUUCAGGAAGAUCCAGAUACAGAAGCCAUUGUCAUGGUCGGAGAAAUCGGCGGCACAGCUGAGGAAGAAGCAGCGGCCUUCAUCAAAGCCAAUGUCACCAAGCCCAUUGUUGGCUACAUCGCAGGCGUGACGGCCCCUCCGGGGAAACGUAUGGGCCAUGCGGGGGCGAUCAUCGCUGGCGGAAAAGGUACCGCAGAUGAGAAGUUUGCCGCGCUUGAAGAUGCCGGCGUGCGCACAGUACGCAGCCUGGCUGAAAUCGGCGACGCUCUGGCUGAGGUAACCGGCUGGUCCUAA